CAAAGAAACACAAUGAUGUUAGUUUUAGUGAUCUUACUGAAUAUAAUCGGAUUAAUAUUCAAAGAUGUAGGGGCGCUACCGUGUCUCACAGAUGAAUUAAAAACAAAGUUCGACGCUGUUAGGAAGGCAUUGGGUGUUCUACAGACUUCUAUAGACGACAAAAUAGAAAGUUUACAGAGUGAUGUAAAAAAUAAAGUGAAGAAAAUAGACGACGACAUGGACACUUUAGUUUCAGAUUUUCAGAAAAGACAAUGGAAAAAAUACAAUGGGCAUUGCUACUACUACGGAAACGACAAACGUACUUGGUUUUUAGCGGAGCAAAAUUGUAAACAGAUUGGAGGUAAUUUAGCAAAAAUUGAAGACGAAGCAGAAAACAAAUGGAUCAAGGAUAAUAGAUCAGAAAAAGAUCACUAUUGGAUUGGACUAACUGAUCUAAAUGAAGGAGAAUGGCGUUGGAGUUCCGACCAGAAAGUAGCCACAUACAAACCAUGGCAUAGUGGAUCUGGAAACAAUGGUGUAAAUUAUAACUGUGGGUUGAUAUAUCACACCACUUCUUAUACGUGGGUAGAUGAGCCUUGUACUAGCAAGCUGCGAUACGUGUGUGAAAGUCACUUCUGCUACUGAAAUUCGAAGAGAUGUCUGACAUUAGUCUCUAGUAAAGAGUAAAUAAUGCAAUUUGUUCUUGCAACAUCUAAUGAUAUGUACGAAGGUAGCAAUUAUAUAACUUCAAAGGAAAGAGGGGAUUGGAUGUUCUGGUUUUUCCGUCGCUAUCAAACAAAUUAUUAUUUUCUUUUAAAAUUUAACAUUAUAAGGUAUGUAUGGGAAAUCUGGAUUUAGAAAUGUGUUUGUCAUCUGCUUAACCACAAUUUUUGUUUCCUUCUAUUGUUGAUCAGAAUUUAUUUUUUUACAGAAAAAAAACCCAACCCCCUCCUCGUCCUAUAAGUCAUAUGGUCGUUCCGUUAUAUGUGUUUUUCUGUAACAUUUUGAUUCUUUUAUGAACAAUAUUCAAAAUACAUUUGAAAAGCAAUAGACAAGAGACUUCUUAAAUAAAGGAAAAUCUUGCUUGGUCUUUUAUGUAAGCUUAUUCCCUCUCCCAUAAUUUAAACGGGUUAUUGACAGAUAAAUAAGAAUCACAUAUACAAUAAUGAAUAUAUAUGAAUAUCUCCCACGAAAUUUGUUUUACAUGAACACGUAUACAAAUUUCGGUUUCGAUACCUAACAUUACUGACGAGACAUUAAUUGUCGAAAUCCGCAUAUGGUGUACAAAUGUUUGCACC